AUGAAAACUUUUUUUACAGAAGUGGACAGUAAGAGUGAUUAAUCACAUUUAAGAGAAAUCAAUCAGUUGCUCAUGAGACUAAAUUUGGAAUCACCACGUACAUAGCUUGCCAUGAAAGAACUUAAUUUAACAAAAUAUGAUUGCUAACUUAAAACUUUGUCCAAUUUCUUACAAUAUCAUCAUGAAUCGCGAACCAUGUACAUAAAUCAUCUACAAUAACUCAAAGAUAACCUCUUGAAUUUAGUGAAUCGGAGAAGAGAAAUCAUAGGUCCAUCAGUAAAAAUAGUACUAAGAACACCGAAAUAAUCGAAAUAAUAUAACUUUGUUAAAAAGAUUUUUGAUCAUGAUCUCAAACAGUUAUAUUAGUCUGAACUUUAAAUCAAAGAAGCAUAAUAGAGGAAUUCUGAUAAAAUUUAUAGGCAAGUCGAAGAAAAAUUAAAAUCCAUCUCUCAUAAGGCAAAGUAACAUAAUAACAGAGUAGAGCGAAAGUUAUCUUUGUUAAGAGAGCGGAGACAACACGAACUUGAUGAUAGGCUAAGUAAAAGUCUUGACUUUGACUCUAGAUUUGAACCUAUCUAGAAGACCUUGUAAGAAUCUAAAAUGAAAUUCAAAAUUAUGAUGUAAUCCAAAACUCAAUAGACUUUGGAUUAUCAUAGAUAAAAGAAGAAGAACAUCAUAGAACAAGACGAAUUGCGAAGAACGAAAUUAUAAUAUUCAAUGGAAACUUCACAAAGAAGCACUUUUAUUCGAUAUGGUAUUGCAAGUCAAGAUAGAAUACAAUAGGCUUAAUUGAUUGAAUAAGAGCAGCAGAAUAAAGUCAUUUAGAAAAUAGGAAAUUAUGUUGAAAAGACUGCUUAGGUGACUAAUAAGAAUUAACAAGAAAUAUAAAAGACACUAUAGAAAUUUAAGGAUGAAUAAGAUCGAAAGUUUACUAAGGUUCAUAAAAAUCUAACAUCAAAAACAUAGAUGUAAUCGUAAAGAGAGAGCAUGAUUCAUCAAGAAUUAUAGGAUAAAAUAAUGUUUAGCAAUGCAAAGGCGAAAUAACGAUUAGAUGAUAUUCAAUCAAAAAUGAAAUAGGUAGCGCUUCAAAAGUAGUAGAAACAAUAAGAAUUAUUGAAUAAAUAUAUAAUCAAAAUGGAAAGAAGAAAUGAUAGAAUUCUGGAAAAACAUGUUAAACUAAGAUAAAAUCUUAAAAAAGGGCACAAAUCUCAUAAUCUCACUUAAUAAUAACAUCAACUGGUCAUUGAAAAGGACGAAUUGAACUAAGAUAUCACCAAGGUGUAAAGAUUAGUAGUUAGUAAAUCAUCUAAGAAUAUAAAGGAAUUACUCAAUAAUUUAAGGUUCAAUUGA